UCUUGUUACACCCCGCCUCCGUUUCCCGGAGCCCCGGGGAGGGUAACCCCCGGCCCGGCCCGGCCCGCCUGGGGCAGGGUCCCGCGCUGCGGCCCCGGCAGACCUCGGAGAGCCCCUCUGCGGCGGGGCCGUUGCCGCUGCCGCCGGGCGGGGCGGUGGCCGCGGCUCCGUCCGGCUGCGACACGUCGCUGUGUUAUGCACGAUGGCUGAGCCCAUAUCUGAAUCUGAAUCUGCAGCCUUGGCUUUUUAUGCUGGUGAUAAAUCUUGCUGUGAACUGGGUCAUGGAGUAUUUAUACAGCGUUCUUCACAUAAACCUAGAACAGAUGUUGAUCCCUGUGAAGCAUGGUGCAGUCAACCAGUUGACAUAUUAAGAGAAUAUUGCAACGUUAUUAAAAUACGUGUCUUUUGGCCGCUUCUCUUCAAAAGUGAGAGUAAUUCUUUGGUAGCUGAUUGGAGCAGUUCACAGAUUCUAGACCAGAAUUGGAAGAGACUCUAUGAUUUAGAGUUUUUGGAAGACCUUGUUGAUUUGAUUAAAAAAGUUGCUAAUGUUCCACCUUUUAUCAGUGGUAUACUGAGAAUUGGUAGCAGAAUAGAAAAUGGUUUCUUUGAUGUUGGGGAUGCCCUUGAUUGGGUCAGGUAUACAGGUGAUGUCAGUAUUCUGCAGAAGCUGGAGAAACUUGGUGAUUAUGGUUGGAUCUGUCUUGAAAUUUUCUUUGUUGAAUGCAAACGUUAUAUUACCAAAGUUGCAUUAGAAGAUUGUAAUUUAGUUGAAGAAUUUAAAGCUGUGACCUGUGAAAAUUGCAGGAAGAACAGUGAAUCUAUGAAACAAAAAGGAAACGAGGAGUUUUCCCAAGGAAACUUUGAUUGUGCUAUAAUGUCAUAUACGAAAGCCAUAGAGUUAUGUCCUGCAAACCAUCUUCUAUAUGGAAACCGAGCUCUUUGCUUAAUUCUCACAAGGCAAUACAAGAGAGCCCUUGCUGAUGGAAAAAGGGCCACUAUUUUGAAGCCGAAUUGGCCAAAGGGUCAUUACCACUUCUGUAAGGCUCUCUCCUUACUGGGGGAACAUGAAUUGGCUUUGGAAGCUAAUGAGAGAGCUCAGGAACUGUGCAAGAAUAUUCCUGAAGGACUGAAGGAUCUUAUACAACAAAAUGACAAGUUAAAGAAGACAUUAGAAGAAAUCAAUGGUAUUAAACAGUAUAAGCAGAAACCAAAGAAAUCACUUCUUGAGAAAAAAGACUGCAGUUCUUCAGAAUCUCAUUUAGUCGUUUCUCAAGAACCAAAAGAAAUGGAAAAAGAGAAAAAGAGAACACAAUCUGAUCCUAAAGAUCACCAUUGUCACCAGAAACAUGAUACCAGGGUAACCGAUGCCCAAAGAGCAGAAACCAAAAGUUGGUCUUUGGAGUUUCUAACAGAUCAGAGUCACCAAAACAAAGGGAAGUCAAAGAACAAAACCAGUGAUUCUGAAAAGACCAGAGGUCACCUUGAUUUGAAGAUAGAGUCUAAAACCAUCGAAGAUAAACUCUUUUGUACUGUGCAACAGGUAGAUUUAACUAUGUUGCCAGAAAAGUUGAAAUCUCUUGUUCGUGAUGGUUAUACAGCCUUGAUGGACCAGAGGUGUCGCAGCGCUGAACAAGCCUUUUCACAAUUGUUGAGCAUUUUAAAUCCUUCAGAAUUAAAGCAACUGAAUCUUCGCGUUAUUAAUUAUGUUGUAAUCAUCUAUGGACAUGCCACUGCUCUUCUUGGAAUAGGACAGCCUGAGGAAUUGACAAAGGCUGAAGACCAGUUUAGCAAAAUAAUAGAACAGUACCAGGAAGAAAGAUUUGAUUGUUUGGCGUACUAUGGAAUUGGAAGAGUAUACCUGAGACAAAACAGAUUUGCAGAUGCGCUGGAUCAGUUUAUGAAAUCACAAACAAUGGUUAAUCAUAAGAUUGUACCUGGGGUAUUAACGUGGCCCACAACAUCUAAGGUCAUUGAAGAGACACGAACAGAGAAUUUACAGCUGAUGUUAAAGAAUUGUAUUGAGGAAUGCAAGUUCCCUCCAGAACCAGAUGCAGUUUGCCGUUAUCAGCAAUGCCAUGGCCACUCCAAAAUCCAAAUAUUUUUUACAGACCCAGACUUUAAGGGCUUUAUACGUAUUGCUUGCUGUCAGCAGUGUAAAGUGGAGUUUCACAUCAGCUGUUGGAAAAAAUUGAAAACUACAAAAUACAGUGAUAAAAAUGAUAAGGAUUUUCUUCAAGAGUUAUGUUUCACUCCUGAUUGUACAGGCCUUAUUUCAAAAAUAGUUAUUUUCAGUUCUUCUGGUCUGAUAAAAUGUGAAUUUGAACAAAAAAUCUCAAGAACUAAGGAACCUCCAAGAGCCAGUAUUAAACAGAAAUGUUCAAGUCUUAGGAAGUUAAAAGUGAAACAAGAAAAAAGAUUACGAAGAAAACGUGCACGAGAAGAUGCACUGAAUUCUGCUAAAAAGAAGACAGAAGAAAACCAAACAGGAAAUGAACCAUCUCAAUGCAAUGGUCACAGUGGUCAUGGUCAGUGCAUGUAUGCUGGUGAUCGAGUCCUGCAGCGUAUUAUUCAAAAUGCUGAGCAAAUAAAAACAGCUGUUCAUGAUGUUUCCAAACUAUUAAAGGAAUUACUUUCAUGGUGUGUUAUCAGUGAGGAGGAUUACUUGUCAUAUUCCAAAAUUACCAGCACGUCACAUGAAGUGAUGGAACAGCUCAUCAGUUACUUAAUUCAGAAAAAAAACAAAGUAAAAACAAGGGUUUUUAUUCAUGUGCUGAGUGAGCUGGAAGAAGUAGAUCCCAAAUUACACAAGUGGAUGAAACAUCUCAAUAGUUUGGGCCUGAAAGCUACAAAGACCUUUCUCCUUCAGUAUGGAGAUUUUUUAAAAGAGCUUGACCUUUGUAUUUUAUCUACACUCUGGAAUGAAAAAUAUGGUAAUAAACUGGACUAUGUGAUAACCAGUUCUGAAGACAAAGAAAUUAUUGAUUACUUCCUACAAGCGCCUUUGGAGAAAGCCCGUUGUUUUAUAUGGCUUUUAGAAGAUAACAGAGAAAAAUAUCCAUUUCUUCAUCAAGCUUUAGAUGAAUUCUUUGAUAAAAUGGAUGACCCUACCAUUAUAUUAAGGAAGCAGGAAAAUGAAGAUAUGUCAACUAAUGGUAUCAAGGUUAAAAACAAAAACAGAAAGAAAAAGUCAAAAGACUCACGGUCUAUUUUAGUAUUGUCCAGUGGAGUUAGUACAGCACCACGAGAAGAAGAAAAAAUAUUUAUAGAAGAAAAUACUUUAGAUUUUAUGAAUCCUUAUGAACCAUUUGUAAUCCCAGACUAUCUUCGGGGUCAAAUGGAUGAAUUUGAAGCUCUCUGUCAUGUUUCAAAUAGUAAUGGUUAUCAAAGUCUUUUGGAUAAUAAUUUGGAUCCAACCUGUGAGAGUUUAUAUGAAUAUUUCUCUCAAAUCUUGGAAGCACAUGGCCCUCUGGAAAUUAAUGAUCAGUUAUUAGUUGGAGAAUAUGAACAUUUCCCUGAAGAAGCUCGGAAAAUUGUAGAAGAUGCAGGUGGUCUGAAGUCUUUUCUUCUGGAAUCCCUUCGUUUCGUUAUGGUGGAUAAUGUUAUUGGCUUAAUGAAGCAUGCACUUCUUAUUAAAGAAAUUACUAACAGAAAUGAGACAGGAGAUGAUGAAGAGGGAAAUUAUACAGGCUGUGACAUGCAAGAAAAUUCUUCCCAGAACAAGCUACAGUUAAAUCCAGCUGCAAAGGAAUUCAAACCACUAUCUUACACUAAUCAACCUCAUAUUUCAACCUCUACUGACAUAACAUUAGCAAGCUAUGAGACUCCAGAAUAUUUGUCCUAUUCUCUACCUAUUUCAUACAGAUCAGUGCAUUUUUGGCAUAGUCAGAAUACUAAUACCACAAAAAAUGAGUCAUCUUUUUCAGAUGUUUUACUAGACUGCUUUGGUUCUAAAAAUCUUGAUACAUCUUUGCCUCAGACUUCACUGGGUUAUCAAUAUGAAAGAGUAUUGCCAGUGACUUCUCAAAUGCCUCCCACUUCAAAUUUUGCCAAGCAACCUACUUAUAUUUAUGCUGAUCACGUAGCUCAUCAGGAUAAUAAUGAAUCAGCAAUUUCAGACGAAAAAUAUGUCUCUGACUUUUUUAUACCAACUGAAAUACAAACAUACGAAGAUCCUCAGUGCCUGCUUGAGAAGUCGGAUAAUGCAGUAUAUGAAGACAAUUUUGCUGUUGCAGAUAACACAAAUGAAGCUGAACAUGAUAUACUGGCUAUUAAGAUGGAAAAAGAAAGAGGUAUACCUCUAAUGAAAAACAAUCCUCAUACAAAGAUGAUAGCUGUUCAGGUAAAUCGUGAAGUAGCUGAUAGGGAAACUAAUACCUUGCCUUUUCAUCCAUUUGAAAUGCAACAAGGAGAUAUUCUGCGUAUGGAAAAAGAGCAUCAGGUAUUAAAAGAACAACUUAAAGAAGCACAGGAAAAAUAUGAACAGUUACAAAGCCGAAGCUCAGAGGAAAUCGGUGUUUUAGAAGAGCUAUUAAAAAAAAGCGUUGAAGAAAUUGAGAUAUCAAGGAGUGAACUGGAGUGGCUUGAUCAAGAUUUAGAAAAAAAAAAGAAAAAAUGGCAACAGGAGAAAAAAGAAAAUCAAGAGAACUUAAAAACCAUAAAGCACACAGCCAAAAAGCACACAGAUACCAAUGAUAUGUAUUCAAAGAACAUUGACGAGAAGGAAAAGCAGUAUAAGCUGUAUUUCAAUACAUAUCUUGAGACCAGUAAUAAAUUUGCUAAUGAGAAAGUAAAACUGGAAGAACUUAUAAAAAAGAGCCAAGAUGACUGCCAAGAGUGUGUGAAAAGAGCUGUAACAGCAGAGGUAUCAGUACUCAAAAACUGGAAGGAAACUGAAGUAUGCAAGCUCCACAGCAUAGCUGCCAAUGCAGAGGCAACUCUUAAGGUGUUGAAGUCAGGGGGCAGCAGCUCAGUGUCAGCAUUACCUCAGCUGAAGUCACAGAUUGAUUCUUGGGAAACAUUUAUUUCAAAUAUAAAGAAACAAGUGGAAGAAGUAGAGGCUCAGUACAAAGAAAAAAUUCAGAUGGUGAAAAAUGGUGCACUAAACUGCCUCACUAAAAUGGAAGCUGCAGAUCUUUCAUCUCCUCCCAGUGUCUUAAGGAAACAAAGCAGACUUCCUGUCAGUGAUCCGGCCAUUGUCAUAUAUUCCUCUGCAUCUGCACAUCCUAAUUUACUUCCUGCUUUUUCAAGUUCUGAUGAUCAAGGUCCAACACAUGCUUCAUCUAAUGCACAGGCUGGAAUGUCACCAACCCAUGCAAAUUCUAAGUCUUGUUCUGCAAAUGAUGGAUCAGUGAAGAUACCCACGAACACUCUGGACGGAUCAUAUUCUGAUAAAGUCUCAGUAACUUGUCCAUCACGGAUUUCUGGAAAUAAUUCCCAGAGUAGCCAGCCAAACCAAAACCAUCAAGAUGAAUUGGCUGCUCAACCGAGGCCUUCUGGACUUCCAAACAACAAAAUGCUUCCAAAAGCAUUUGAUAAUAUUAUUGCACAUCUACAGACUAUUUUUCCAAAUUAUAGCAGUUCAGAGUUUAUUAACUUCAUAAAAGAAGUACGAAUAAAAAAUGGAAACACAUUGUCAGGUUUGCGCUUGGAUGAAAUUCUUAGAAGGGUGACAGAACUCAUUCUGGACCAUCAAAGUAAGGCAUCAACUUCAGUAGGGAGAGCUGUGAAGUUGGUAUCUUCUGCUUCAGUAGGGCAGACUGGAACUCAGACUCAAGAAGUACCUGCAGAAGAAAAUGUACCCAGCCCACCCAAGGCAAGACCUAAAAAUGCCACAAGUAAAAAUCCAUAUCCAUCCUGGCCAAAUUCCCAGCCAUGGGGAAAUGUUGGAGCAACAUCCAGAUCUAAAUGGAAAAAAUCAGAUGAUACAAUCUCCGAUGAUGAUCCUUGCAUAAUAUGUCAUGAGGAGCUAAGCAGAGACUCAUGUGAACUAGAAUGUGGGCAUCGUUUUCACAGAGAAUGCAUUAGAACAUGGCUUAAGGAACAUUCGAGUACCUGCCCUAUCUGUCGUGUUCAUGCUCUGUUACCUGAAGACUUUCCUGAGCUUCCUCCACGAAACAAAUAUGCUUAAACCCUGCUUUAUUUGAACAAAUGAUAACAAAAUGCAAAGUUGCUGCAAGUAAAUAACCACCCUGAUAAAGAAAGGAGGUGUGACAUGAUGCCUAGGAAGAGAUAAAGCCCUGGUUUUAUUGCAAAUAGUAACAGAACUCACACUGACUUCAGUAUUUUACACUUGGGUGUUCAGCCAUAAGAUACAGGUAUUGCCAUGGUACCAAUAGACUUGAGUUAGUAUCUCUGAGAUCCAGCACUUUCCCUCAUUGCCACCUAACUGUGUGCAGCUAAUCUAGUUCAGGCAUCAGAAGCACACACAGCUGGUAGGGUUUUUUGGCUAAGGGGUAUUUAUACUGCUGUAUCUACUUUCCCCAAAGUAUGGUGAUGCCUGGGCAUCAUUCCUGUAGAGAGGGGGUUUUCUUCCAGAGCUGACACUAUUAAAAAUAAAUGUUAAUAUCAUACAGUAGGUGAUCUGCAUGAUGGACUAGCAGUAUUUUGGACAACCAAGCUAUGACUUUUUCCCUGGUAACCUUUCCUGGUAAUUUCAUCAGGCUUUUCAUGAUCAUUAUGAGUGAAGUUGUGGCUCCAUUCCCUCUAUAAAUCAACAGCUAAUAAUUCAAAUUGUUUAACCAAUUUUUUUAGUAAUAUUUUGAAGCGAAAAGUUUAAGUAUUCUUAUGAUUCUUUUUGCUUGCAUAGCAUUACUUGGAGUGCUAUGGCUCAAUUUUACUAAACUCAGAAUAUGGAUUGAAUUUCCCUCAUAUGUCAAGAGUUGAUUUGUUUAAAUCAAAAUUAAAGGGGUUUUAUUUUUGAUGAAGCAAUACAGUGCAUCUGUAUUCUGUGCAUGAAUGCUAGUUAAUCUAAAAGUGUGAGGUACAGAAUAUAAAUAUCUGAAAGAGUGGUUAUCCUACUACUUUAAAAGUGGGAGUUUGCCAUCAGCAUACCACCUUCAUUGUAAAAUGUCUCAGAUAGCCAAAAGACCAGAAUGAGAUCAUGCACAGGAAAACACACUGAAAAUAGAGUAUGACUGUAGAUUCAGUACAAGCAGGAUUAAAUUGAUUAUAUGAGAUUAGGGUAGCUAAUGCUAAGGAUCAUUUGUUCCCCAAAAUGAGUAUGUAUGCUAUUGAUAAAGCUUCAAACUACUUCUGUGACUACUCAAUAUGUUAACUGGAACUUUGUGAUCAAAAUAAAGUGACUACUAUGGUUGAUGUGCUUUCCUCAAUAUGUUAACUGGAACUUUGUGAUCAAAAUAAAGUGACUACUAUGGUUGA